AUGGUGGUUCCUACACUACCUGAUGCAACACUUGAAGAUGAAGAUGAUAAUUGGUUGGCAAACAUUGAUAUUGAUGCAGUGGUGUCUCAAGUGCUUCAAAACCAAACAUUGCAACCACAAGUGAAUGCUGAGGAAAUACCAAUUACAAGUCAGCCACCAACUCUUGGAGAAGAAGAAGAUAGCCAACAAAAGGCCAAAGCACUCAUCUUCCUUCGCCGUCAUCUUAAUCAUGAUCUUAAGAAUGAAUAUCAUACUGAAAAGGACCCCUACAUUUUAUGGAAAUCCCUCAAGGACCGCUUUGAUCAACAAAUAUCGUUUGUCUUCCCCCAUGCACAAUAUGACUGGCUGAAUUUGAGGUUCCAAGACUAUAAGUCUGCCAUUGAAUAUAAUUUGGCAUUACAUAAAAUUGUGUCACAACUCAAACUCUGUAAACAAGAAGUUUCUGACAAAGACCUGAUCGAAAAGACUUUGUCCACAUUUCAUGCUAGUAAUCUUGUACUCCAGCAACAGUACAGGGCCAAAAACUAUACCCAGCAUGUUGAGCUGAUUUCCGCCCUCCUAGUAGCUGAGAAGCAUAACCAGUUGUUAAUGCGAAACCAUAAUGCACGCUCUGUUGGCUCUGCACCAGUGCUUGAAGCACACCAUGUUGCCCAGUCGAGCAACAUUAGGGGGAACCAAGGUAGAGGAUGA